UUAAAAUAAAGAACAUUGCACAUCAUUAACUCUAUUUUUAAAAAUCUCAGGUUAAUAACAAUGAAUAUUAAACAGUUCCCUUUUUUUCUUUGAAGCGAAUCAAGAAACUGACCUAGAUUGCUGAAUACAACAGAAAUAAACCUUGUUACUAAAACAUCUAUUCAAUGUUUUACCAAUAUUAUAGUCUUUAUUACUCUCUGUUUCCUGUUUCUCUGGCUUAAUUUCUAUCCUUUCUACUUUAAAACUCCUCCCACUGAAACCCCUCAAUUUUUAAACUCCUCCCACUGAAACCCCUCAAUUUUAAAACCCCUCCCACUGAAACUCCUCCUACUGCGGAGAUGCUGGGUGUGAGGCAUCUGCAGAGCUCUCCCGGCUGUGCUGUUGUUUUCUGCUGAGUCUCCUUUUGUUGGUGGGUUUAUGGAGAAUUCUGGAACUGGAGAGUCUCUCUGAAGGGAACUGAUCAUUAACUGGAUCUACAGCCGCCUGUAUAGCUGAAUCAAACCUGAAAUCAGAGACUGAGAGUUUCACAGAACUGAAAGUGAAAGUCUGAGCGUUCUCACUGGAAGGAACAGCAGGAAAAGAAAAUGGCUUCUAAAUCUCUCUCAGAGGAGGAUCUGUCCUGUCCUGUGUGCUGUGAGAUCUUCAAGGAUCCUGUUAUUCUGCGCUGCAGCCACAGUGUGUGUAAAGACUGUCUACAGUCGUUCUGGACAACCAAAGGAUCCAGAGAAUGUCCAGUUUGUAGGAGAAGAUCUUCAACUGAUCAGCCUCCUAUAAACCUGGCUUUAAAGAACCUGUGUGAGAGCUUCAUAAAGGAGAGAAGUCAGAGAGGUCCAGCAGGGUCUGAAAACAUUUGCCGUUUGCACAGUGAGAAACGCCAACUCUUCUGUCUGGAUGAUCUACAGCCUGUGUGUUUGGUGUGUCGGGACUCUAAAAAACACACCAACCACAAAUUCCUCCCCCUUCAGGAAGCAGCAGUGGACUACAAGAAAGAACUGAAGACUGCACUGGAGCCUCUACAAGAGAAACUGAAGAUCUUUAAAAAGUUUCAGAUGGACUUCUAUCACAUUGCAGAACAUCUAAAGACUCAGGCCCAGAGCACAGAGAGACAGAUUAAGGAGGAGUUUGAGAAGCUUCACCAGUUUCUACGAGAUGAAGAGGCAUCCAGGAUAUCAGCACUGAGGGAGGAAGAGGAGCAGAAGAGUCAGAGAAUGAAGGAGAAGAUUGAGAAGAUGAGCAGAGAGAUAUCAGUGCUUUCAGACACAGUCAGAGCCGUAGAAAAGGAGAUGAGAGCUGAAGAUGCUUCAUUCUUACAGAACUACAAGGCCACAUUGAAAAGAGCUCAGGUCACACUGCAGGAUCCAGAGAGCCUUUCAGGAAUGCUGCUCAAUGUGGGGAAACACCUGGCCAACCUGAAGUUCACGGUCUGGGAGAAGAUGAAGGAACUCGUUCAGUUUACUCCUGUAACUCUGGACCCCAACACUGCUCAUCCUAAACUCAUUCUGUCUGAUGAUCUGACCAGUGUGAGAAUCACUGAGGUCCAGCAGCUUCCUCAUAAUCCAGAGAGAUUUGAUUCUUCUUUAUGUGUUCUGGGCUCUGAGGGCUUCAACUCAGGAACUCACUGCUGGGAGGUUGAAGUUGGAGACAAUACAGUCUGGUUUGUGGGUGUGAUGACAGAGUCUGCUCAGAAGAAGGGAAGUAUAUUCUUCAGGAGUGGAGUUUGGAUUGUGUGGUACAACAGUGGUAAAUUUAAAGCUCGUUCUACACCGCAACCAGCUACCCUGCUCUCGGUAGGACAGGAACUCCAGAGAGUCAGAGUGCAGCUGGACUGGGACAAAGGAGAACUCUCAUUUUCUGAUCCUCUCACUAACACACACUUACACACUUUCACACACACGUUCACUGAGAGAGUUUUCCCACUGUUCAGUACCAGUGCAGUCAGCCCUGUCAAAAUCACACCAGUGCAGUUUAGUGUAUCAGUGAAUCGGCUCAGUUAGUUCAUUCAGUCUUUGUGUGGAUCAGCACUGAAAUACUGAUUAAUCCUGAAAUGAACACUACAGUUAUAAGACCUGUUCAGUUACUGCAGUUGAGCUGAGAUUAUUUGAAGCAUUGCAGUUUUUGUUGUGUAAACACAUUUACCGAAGCUUUGUCUGCUAUGUUAAUGCAAACCACAAAAAUGUAACGCUGCAAACUGCACAUUUGUAUUGCUUAGAGUGUAAAAAGGUCAUGCAAGUGUAAUAUUUUAGAAGAAAUUCAUAUUCUUCAUAUUCACAUCUUCUGAAACAACUUAUCCUUCUGGGUCGCAGGGGAUGCUGGAGCCUAUCCCAGCGGUGAUUGGGCAGGAGGCAGGAUACACCCUGGGCAGGUCGCCAGUUCAUUGCAGGGUCAUAUCUAUAUGCUUGUUAAUUUGAUGCACUGCCCACUAGGGGGCAUUAAUACUUUUUCCUUGUGUAACAUAUAUGUAAGAAGAUAUGAAUGUAUUGUGGGGACGAGGAAAUAUGUUAUGUUUUCUUUCCUGGUGAAAAAAACCUUGUACUGAGGAACUUUGAAGUUCUUAGUGUAUGUACUUUGAGACCUGAUAUGUCAUGCAAAUUGAGUUCAUGUUGUCGUAAACUGAGCUGGUGGUUCUUGUAAAUACUACUAGGUCAGACAUUUGCCGGAUUGGGCUUUAUUUAUUUGUAUUUACAGAAAAAAAAUGUUCUCACUCAGUUUAUCUUCUUUUACCAUGCUUGGGCCUUGCAUUUACCAUGGAUCACAGUGGACUGAGCAAUUUGAGGAAGUUGGGACUGCAUGAGUUUGCAAUGGAGGAGUGAACCAAACAAAUGGAUUUCAAACUGAAGUCACUGAUGCUUUCAGUAAUUUGACUUGUAUCUUCUGCCAAAUGGCAAAAGGGUGAAGAAUCCAUGGGAGGGGUGUGAGGGGUCAUCCACAAUACUGUUGGCUUUGUGGAUGCAGCACUUGUGUCUUUGGUGGACAGAGACCCCAGUGAUCUGAACUGUCCUCACAAUCUGCUGUAGGGUCUUGCGGUGGUGUUGAGGGUGUUCAGGCCCACAAACUCAGCUUUUCAGUAGGUUGGUUGUGCUGAAUGCUUACCUGAAGCCAAUUCACAGCAUUCUCACAGUUAUCUUUUCCCUCCAUGUGGGUCAGUAGAGCAUCCUCUGUAGCUGGGUUAAGGCAAUGCGCAGACCAAAAUGGAUCCAGUGUGAAAGGAAGACAGCUCUUUAUGUGUUUGACUACUGACCACUUGUAGCACUUACAAGGCUACAGGUACAGGGAUGAUAGUAGUCAUUUUGAAGCACUCUGGGACAAUUGACUGGCUCAGAGAAGUACUGCAGAUGUCUGAUAAGACAUGCCUGAUAGUUUUUUGUUCAAAAAUGACUGUUUGUACUUUUCCCAUAUAAUCAGGUUAAAACAAAGAUAACGCAAUCAAGAAUACUCCAGGAUGCUGAUGGCUAAAGUGAGUGAGCAGUAAUAAUGCAACAUAAAUAAAGAUUACUGUAAGAAGUCACAGUGUAGAAGUGAUGACUGUUGAAUAAAUUAUUGAACUGCUUUCA